CCCUUCGUGCCCCAGGCUGACCGCAGCUGGCUGACCCUGCCGGGUGACCUCGGCCGGCGGGCCACGCCUGCCCGGCCUCGCCAUGGACCAGGACUAUGAGCGGCGCCUCCUCCGGCAGAUCGUCAUCCAGAACGAGAACACGAUGCCGUGCGUGGCGGAGAUGCGGCGGACCCUGACGCCCGCCAACUCCCCGGUGUCCUCGCCCAGCAAGCACGGAGACCGCUUCAUCCCCUCCAGAGCCGGCGCCAACUGGAGCGUGAACUUCCACAGGAUCAACGAGAACGAGAAGUCCCCCAGCCAAAACCGGAAAGCCAAGGACGCCGCCUCGGACAACGGCAAAGACGGCCUGGCCUACUCAGCCCUGCUGAAGAACGAGCUGCUGGGGGCCGGCAUCGAGAAGGUGCAGGACCCGCAGACGGAGGACCGGAGGCUGCAGCCCUCCACGCCCGAGAAGAAGGGCCUCUUCACGUAUUCCCUCAGCACCAAGCGCUCCAGCCCCGACGAUGGCAACGACGUGUCUCCCUAUUCCUUGUCCCCUGUCAGCAACAAAAGCCAGAAGUUGCUGCGGUCGCCACGGAAACCCACCCGCAAGAUCUCCAAGAUCCCCUUCAAGGUCUUGGACGCGCCCGAGCUGCAGGACGACUUUUACCUGAACCUGGUGGACUGGUCCUCACUCAACGUGCUCAGCGUGGGGCUGGGGACCUGCGUGUACCUGUGGAGUGCCUGCACCAGCCAGGUGACCCGGCUCUGCGACCUCUCAGUGGAAGGGGACUCGGUGACCUCCGUGGGCUGGUCUGAGCGGGGGAACUUGGUGGCCGUGGGCACGCACAAGGGCUUCGUGCAGAUCUGGGACGCGGCCGCGGGGAAGAAGCUGUCCAUGUUGGAAGGCCACACGGCGCGCGUCGGGGCGCUGGCCUGGAACGCUGACCAGCUCUCCUCCGGGAGCCGGGACCGCAUGAUCCUGCAGAGGGACAUCCGCACCCCGCCCUUACAGUCGGAGCGGCGGCUGCAGGGCCACCGGCAGGAGGUGUGCGGGCUCAAGUGGUCCACAGACCACCAGCUCCUUGCCUCGGGGGGCAAUGACAACAAGCUGCUGGUCUGGAACCACUCGAGCCUGAGCCCCGUGCAGCAGUACACGGAGCACCUGGCGGCCGUGAAGGCCAUCGCCUGGUCCCCGCACCAGCACGGGCUGCUGGCGUCCGGCGGCGGCACGGCCGACCGCUGCAUCCGUUUCUGGAACACGCUCACGGGGCAGCCGCUGCAGUGCAUCGACACGGGCUCCCAGGUGUGCAACCUGGCCUGGUCCAAGCACGCCAACGAGCUGGUGAGCACGCACGGCUACUCGCAGAACCAGAUCUUGGUCUGGAAGUACCCGUCCCUGAGCCAGGUGGCCAAGCUGACCGGGCACUCCUAUCGGGUGCUGUACCUGGCCAUGUCCCCUGACGGAGAGGCCAUCGUCACCGGUGCUGGAGACGAAACCCUGAGGUUCUGGAACGUCUUUAGCAAAACCCGUUCAACAAAGGUAAAGUGGGAGUCCGUGUCCGUCCUCAACCUCUUCACUAGGAUCCGGUAAACCGCGGGCUGCACCGUCCUGGUGGGAGACCCUGCCUCCUCAGCGUGCAUGGACCCUCCCCCACACACUGUCCCCAGAGGAAGGCAGCCAGGGGGGGCGGGGAGCCGGGCCCGGAGAGACCCCGGAGAUUCUCAUUAAAGCCUGAUUGCGAA